UGGCGACUGGUAAACUGUGUUGUACAGGAAGACCAAAGCUAUCAAUAACGCAUCGAUAAACCAAGAAACAAGAGACAUAUCCUUGUCUUGUGAUGACUUACAUGAUUAUGUUGGUGUGAUCCUGAUGCAUAAGAUAUUUUUUAGAUGGAGCUGCGUGUAAAGUCUAAACCUCAUUGAAAAAUGCCUCAAGCACCCAGCACCAAAAUGCAGACCAAACUAAGUACCUGGACACCUCUAAAUCAUCCGCACUCCAAUGCUCAUGUUUUUGAAGAAAGAAGAAAUCUGCUUGGAAAAUGGUUUGACAAGUGGACAGACAGCCAGCGGAAACAGGUGCUGCAAGACUUUUUCUCCAGGUGCUCUGUCAGCCAGCUGAAGUAUCUCAGACAGACUUUGAACAGCUGCGUACCAGAGGAAGCCGUUGACUUCACCAGGGUUCUUCCUAGGGUCAUAUCCUUGUAUAUAUUUUCCUUCCUAGACCCCCGAAGCCUCUGUAGGUGUGCGCAGGUGAGCUGGCACUGGAAAAGCCUUGUGGAGCUUGACCAGUUGUGGAUGCCUAAAUGUCUGAAACUAGGCUGGUACAUAACCUUUACCCCAACCCCAUUUGAGCAAGGUGUAUGGAAGAGACAUUAUAUAGAAACAGUGCAGGAGCUUCACGUUAGUCGGCCAAAGGUGCCUAUGAAAGAGGAGUUCAUUGUCCCAGAGGUAAAAGUAAUUGGUAGUGAGAUGGAGAGGUCAUUUUCUCAGACUGGUCACACGGACUCAGAGUUUGUCCUCUCGAGUCUGCGUGCGAAGAGUAAAGAUGGGAAUGGCUUGUUGAAAUCAGUCAAAGGUCUUCCACCAUGGAGAGACUCGGACAGGCAUCCCACUGAUACAGUACGCUUUAACUACUUAGAUAACCUUGACCCGGUGGAGCAUGCAAGAGAAGCACUCAGAAAGGGCAGAUGCAUUAAUUUCAAUGUGGCAAAACAGGAAAACGCAAUAAAGACACCAUCCCAUUCAACAUACAAACUGCGCAAGGCCAAAUCUUUGAUGUUUUUGUCCUUUGAUCUCAAUGCAGCAAGAAAGCAAAGAAAUAAUAGGCCACAAUGGGCAGCACAGAGUUUAGAAGCUUUUCCAGAGCACAAGGACUCCAUAAAGACCUCCCAAUGGAAUGCUGGGAUACGUCCAGGCCCUGUGAGGCCACCAGUGCCCAGACUAAGUAAGGAUGGGAUCCGUGCAUCACAGAGAUUAAACAGAAGCACACCAACUGUGUCACUUUUUGAAGGACAGCCAUGAAGAAUCCAAUGAAGCUUGAGACACAAGGCCAUCUACUGGAUACUGUUGUAAUAGCAAAACAGGAUUACGAAUGCCUUGAACCUGAGGCUACUCAUAUGAUAUGACGUGCAUUUAUUAUGUCUUUAAAUGUUAAUAAUGUCGUUUUUGUUUAUGUUGAAAAACACAGCACAAUAUAAUUUAAAUAUUUUUAAAUAAUUAUUUAUUUUUUUCCUCGUUAAUCCCUUAAA